AUGCCCAAGAGGAAGGUCUGCUCUGCCGAGGGGGCGGCCAAGGAGGAGCCCAAGAGGAGGUCGGCGAAGCCGGCCCCCGGGAAGGUGGAAGCGAAGCCCAAGAAGGCCGCCAGGAAGGAUAAAUCAUCGGACAAGAAAGUGCAAGUAAAGGGGAAGAGAGGAGCAAAGGGAAAACAGGCCGAGGUGGCUAACCAAGAAGCUAAAGAAGACUUGCCUGCAGAAAACGGAGAAACGAAAAACGAGGAGAGUCCAGCAGAAGAGAAAGAAGCCAAGUCCGAUUAA